AUCUUCUAAUAGGGUUAUUCUUUUGCCACGUCUUGAUAUUCAUUGUCUUGGCUUCAAAUUUUCAUUUCUCUCUUGCUCCUUCAGAAUUAGGGUUUGUAAAAAAUUGGGGAUAUACCUCUUGUUCUGUUGUUAUUUUCCUUAUGGGUUUUUAGCAGAGAGGUGAAAGAUCUGAUUUUUUUUUUUUUUGGUUAGUAAAAACGAUGCAUCCUCCACUUACACCACAUAGACAUCCUAUGUGUCUGGAGAUAAUUGAGGAGUUCCAAAAGUGUCAUUUAGAGCAUCCCAUUGGAAAAUUCUUGGGAGAUUGUACAGAGCUGAAAGUAAAGCUUGAUCGAUGUUUUCGCCAAGAGAAAGCUGUGAAGCGGAAGGUAAAUUUCGAACGAAGCAAGAAACUUCAAGAACGGCUGAAAACUUUAAGGAAAGAAGAAGAAACUGCUGAGACUUGAGAUUUGUUGGAUACUGAUCUUGAUGAAGAACAUAUUAUUGUUUAUUUUGAAAAGAAUACGUACGUUCCCAAUGAAUCCAGGAGGAAGAGUUUGAGCACACUUUUUGUGUUCUCGUAAAUGAGCGCAAAAACAUGUGUUUAUUAUACAUCUAUUGAUUAGGGUUUUAAAACGAGGUGGUUAUUGGAGUUAAUAAGGCUAAUUAGCUUGGAUUGUAAGGCUACUGUACUCUAUAAAAUGCAGUAAAUAAGAUUUCUU